GGCGCUAAAUACACACCUGAAGAUUAUGUUCCCGGACUGUGCACUCAUAUUCUCUAUGCGUUCGCAUCUAUUGACGAAAGCAACUUCACGAUCGUUCCAUUCGAUGAGAACGAUGUGUCAAAUGAGUGGUCAAAAAUCGGUAUGUAUGAGCGAGUGAAUAGGCUGAAAAAAAUUGAUCCCCAGUUGAAGACGCUCAUUUCAAUUGGAGGAUGGAGUUUUGGAACGAAGAUCUUCCAGCAAACAUCAUCCAACGAAACCAAUCGCUCCAAAUUCAUAAGUUCAGCAAUUGAUUUCGUGCGUUUCCACAAUUUUGAUGGUAUCGAUAUAGACUGGGAAUAUCCGAAUGGAACGGAAGAUAUCAACAGCUUCACACUUCUCAUGAAGGAACUGCGUAGGGCGAUCUCCAUGGAAUGCUUGGAUACGACUCGGAAAGACCGUCUACUUCUGACAGUGGCAGUAUCAGCAAGUCGGAAAACUAUCAAAACAGGCUAUAAUAUUCCUGAAUUGGCCAAGUACGUUACCCAAAAAUAUUUGCCAGACAUCAAAAUUGUGACCGAAACUUGA